AAUAUUUGUUUCCAGUGACAGAAAACAAAAUCCUUUCCUUCCAUUGGGAAUGGACGAAUCACGCCCCGCUUUUCCCUCGAAUUCAGCGUAAGCUUUCCUCAAAGCCGAAAAAGAAUCUUCCAGAAACUUCUUUUCUUUGAGGAGCCAUGGCCGAGAGUCGGAGAUCCACGGGGACGGUUAAGUGGUUCAACUCGCAGAAGGGUUUCGGAUUCAUAACUCCCCAAGAUGGAACCGAUGAUCUCUUCGUGCACUUCACUUCCAUCCGAUCCGACGGCUACCGUUCUUUAUCCGAGGGUCAGUCCGUUGAGUUUCUCCUCGAUUACGGCGACGACGGCCGCACCAUGGCCGUCGACGUCACCUCCGCCGUUAGAUCUCGCCGUCCAGGGGGCUUCCGCGGCGGAGGAGGGAGGGGAAGAGGAGGAGGCCGCGGCGGAGGGUUCGGUCGGAGAGGAGGAGGUCCUGAGUGUUAUAAUUGUGGAAGAAUAGGUCACUUGGCGAGGGAUUGUUACCAUGGACAGGGUGGUGGUGGUGGUGUUGAUGGUGAUGGUAGGAAUCGGAGACGCGGCGGCGGUGGCGGUGGAGGAGGACGAGGGUGUUUUAACUGUGGGGAGGAAGGGCAUUUUGUGAGGGAAUGUCCGGAUGUUGGGGAAAGGAAAUGAGUGAGAAUGUGUUAUGUUAUGAUUUCUUCUGUUGAAUUGUGAGUAUGUUACAGUCAUCAGUUGGGGUUGGUUACAUGGAUUCUGUUAUUUUUGUUUCUAGCCAUUGGCAUUAAUUUGCUUCCAAACAUGUUUUCCACGCUUUGCUAAAUUGUUUUAUCUUAAUGCGCUUCUUUUCAACAAGUGAUCGAUUAUAUAUGGUUUGAAUAUGAA